AUGUUCAAGAAAUUUGAUGAAAAAGAAAACGUGUCCAACUGCAUCCAGUUGAAAACGUCAGUUAUUAAGGGUAUUAAGAACCAGUUGAUAGAACAGUUUCCGGGCAUUGAACCAUGGCUUAAUCAAAUCAUGCCUAAGAAAGAUCCGGUUAAAAUAGUGCGGUGCCACGAGCAUAUAGAAAUCCUUACGGUAAACGGAGAGUUACUGUUUUUUCGACAGAGAGAAGGGCCUUUUUAUCCAACUCUAAGGCUACUACACAAAUACCCAUUUAUCCUGCCACGACAGCAAGUUGAUAAAGGAGCCAUCAAAUUUGUGCUCAGUGGCGCAAAUAUCAUGUGUCCAGGCCUAACCUCGCCUGGAGCCAAGCUUUACCCUGCUGCAGCGGAUACUGUUGUUGCAAUCAUGGCAGAAGGAAAACAGCAUGCCCUGUGUGUUGGCGUUAUGAAGAUGUCUGCGGAAGAUAUCGAGAAAGUGAACAAAGGGAUUGGCAUUGAAAAUAUCCAUUAUUUAAAUGAUGGGCUGUGGCAUAUGAAGACAUAUAAGUGAGCCUCAGAAGGAAAACACUUGGGCUAAAUAUGGACAUUGUGCUGUGUCUGUGUUUGUGUCUGUGUGUGACAGUAUGAAGACAAUACUUCUAUGGUUAUGCUGAAUAAAUUCAGCAGUUGCUACAAAAACAAAAAAGUAAAGAUUUGGAACAAG